UUCCGUUUCUGUUUUAUAGCUCGUCCUCUCGAACCUCGUGAUUCCGCCGAGCCCAAAGUCUCUGUUUUUACUUUGAUCGUGAUGCCGUUUUAUUCCAGAUAAUUUCCCUGAAGACCUGUUUGUACCAAACCUGUUUGCCUCUAAUUAAACACCAGAGACGAUGGCGUGCACUGAUUCCCAGCAGAGGAAAGUGCAGCAGUCUUCCGUAGAUUUGCAUUUAACCUUUAACUCAUGUAUCAGUGGGACAGACAGGGAACGUCACAAACAAACUAGGCGUUUAGGUCGUUUUCUACUUUAAACAGAUUCAAUACAUACGUGUGGUGCGUUUUCUAAGCAGAUAAGCUGUUGCUACUGUACCUUUGGGAUUUACAUUAUCUGUGGGUGGACAAAAAUGAAAAGACGAGGCCUUCGGGGAAUAAACCCGCAUCAGGGUUGGAACUGAAUGAAAACAGGAGGAACUGGAAUCCUUAACUGACAGAAGGGAAGCGCUUUGGAUGCCUCCGUGUCAGUCAGCGUGGAAGUCCAUGAUCAUCCUUCGCUGUUGGCCGCCACCGGCCACUUAGUAGAAAGGGGUUGUGGCGACACAAUAGCUUCUCAGACAGGGGAAAUUCUAGCGGCAUUUGAGAUUGACAGAGCUGGAACGACACUCACGCUGGGAGCGGCGCAGGAUGAGGGAUGGACGAUGGCACAAGAGUGAGAACAGAGCAGCACGACUCGCGCUGAGCUGGGACGUGAAGUACAGUGAGAGUCCCACCUGAAGCAUCAGCCUGUGUAACCUGAGGAGACCCCGCUUUGUCUCCCUCUGAAACUCGAGCCACUUCUCUGGACUUCUCGCCGCACAGCUUGGUUUACUCACAUCGAGCCAUGAGACUCAAUCGCCCCUUCACAGCUAUGGUGGUUCUCAUCACGUUUGUCAUGAUCUUAUUUCUGAACCUGAACCCGGACUUGACUCACACCCUCCGGAGUGGAGCGAAGGACUUGCAGAAGAGCGAAGGCACAACGCCCGCUCUGGUGGAGCGGAGCUCCGUCGAGCCGCAGCGCUCGGUGGUCGUGUCUGAGGCCUUCAGGAGCAGCAUCCCUCAGAACGGAGCCUACUGGAACCGCCUCUUCUACUUUGGCCUCAAACUGCUGGACGAAGGGGGGAAGGCGCUGGAAAACGCCUCGGACUGGUCCCACUGUAAAGAGAACAACCUGGAGACGCUGCAAACCAAUAUGCAUGACUUCACCUCCUACCCGUCUCGCUUGCAGAGCUUUUUACAGGCCAUCAACUGCAAGUCUCCCCCCGUCCUGCUGAACCAGCCCGGCAAGUGCGCGUCCGGGCCGACCUUCCUGCUGCUGGCCAUCAAGUCCAACCUGAGGAACUUUGAGGAGCGGCAGGCUGUGCGGGAGACGUGGGGCAGGGAGGGGGAGUACGAGCGCGGGCUGAGGGUGAGGACGGUGUUCCUGCUGGGCACCUCCCAGGCGGACGUCCCGGACCUCAACCCGCUGCUCACGUUCGAGGCCAAGUACUACGGAGACAUCGUGCAGUGGGAUUUCCAGGAUUCCUUCUUCAACCUGACGCUCAAGAUGAACACGUUCCUCCAGUGGACGAUCAAACACUGUCCCAACGUCUCCUUCGUCUUCAGCGGCGACGACGACGUCUUCGUCAACACGCCGGCGUUGCUGGGCUACCUGCAGUCGCUGGAGGCUUCCAAGGCGUCUCGCUUGUACACGGGGGACAUCAUAAGCACGGCGAGUCCCCACAGAGACCCCAAAAACAAGUACUACAUCCCCACCAGCUUCUACGAGGGCCCGUACCCCGCGUACGCAGGGGGCGGCGGCUACGUGUUCUCUGGAGCGCUGCUGCAGAACCUCUCCUCCAUUCUCAAUCUCAUUCCUUUCUUUCCCAUCGACGACGUCUACGUUGGGAUGUGUUUCAUGGCUCUGGAAGUGGCUCCAGAGUCAAACCCACAAUUUAGGACCUUUGACAUCAAGGUUGAGGAUCGUGAGAAUCUGUGUAUACAUAAGAAUAUUUUAUUAGUUCAUCGGCGCUCGCCGUCGGAGUCGAAGAGGCUGUGGAAGGGCAUUCACAACCCCCUGCUGACGUGUUAGGUCCACAAAUGGCGCCCAAAAAGGCUGAAAAAGUUGAUGUGAUACAAAAUUGGUUGUGGGUGAUGUUCUUGAACUUGAAAAAUACAUUUUUCAUAUGAAGUCACUGCCAAGUUAAUUUAUGUUUGAAUUUAAAUAAAGUAAGUCAAGACAA